AUGUCUGAGGUCAUGGAGGAAGCCUGGUGGGCAGUGUGUCCAUGUGGCUGGGGGACACAGAAGGCUCCCCGAGGGGGCGACCCCAAGGGCCGCAGAGCCUGGUACCACAUCUGUGUGACCGUGCUCAUCUACUUCCUCCCCCUGCUGGUCAUCGGCUAUGCCUACACCGUGGUGGGGAUCACCCUGUGGGCCAGCGAGAUCCCAGGGGACUCCUCUGACCGCUACCACGAGCAAGUGUCAGCCAAGCGCAAGGUGGUGAAGAUGAUGAUCGUGGUGGUGUGCACCUUUGCCAUCUGCUGGCUGCCCUUCCACAUCUUCUUCCUGCUGCCCUACAUCAACCCCGACCUCUACCUGGAGAAGUUCAUCCAGCAGGUCUACCUGGCCAUCAUGUGGCUGGCCAUGAGCUCCACCAUGUACAACCCCAUCAUUUACUGCUGCCUCAAUGACAGGUUCCGCUUGGGCUUCAAGCAUGCCUUCCGGUGCUGCCCAUUCAUCAGCGCCGGGGACUACGAGGGGCUUGAGAUGAAGUCCACCCGGUACCUCCAGACCCAGGGCAGCGUGUACAAAGUCAGCCGCCUGGAGACCACCGUCUCCACCGUGGUGGGCGCCCACGAGGAGGAGCCAGAGGACGGCCCCAAGACCACACCGUCCUCCCUAGACCUGACCUCCAACGGCUCCUCGCGCAGCGACUCCAAACCGGUGACCGUGACCGAGGGCCUGAGCUUCUAUUCCAGCAUGCUGUCCUAGGGGCCAGGCCCCCACGGGCACCCACCCACCCCUACCAGCCUC